UAUAAUAUAUUCAUAAUCAUGGUUCAAAAAGGCACGCUUAAUCUUACGCUUAGGCACGCAUAGGCGUAAGGCAAUGGCAAAACCCCUCGCCUUCGGGGUACACGCCUAAUUAGAUAAUGGAACACGUCAAUCAAGUAAGGCUACAUAAAAGUCUCUCUUAAACAUUACUAGAUGGAGCUAGGAAGUCUAUAUUAAAGGAGAAAAUUAACAUCAUCUACGAAAUUAAUUUUUUUUCAAUAUUUUCAAUAGCUCAAGAGCUUUGUGAGCUAUUGAGCUAUGAUUCUAUGAAUUUGUGAGCUAUGUUCUUGUCAUUAAGUGUUGAGUAAAUUAUUUAUCAUUUUAACUAAAGUGAGGAAGUGUUGUAGAUUAUUAUUUCAUUCAUUAUGCAGUGCGAAUAGCUAUUUUUCUUCAAACGCCUAGACACGCUUAGUGUACGCCUAGGCAAGUUAGGCACUAGGCAAAGACUCAACGCUCGCCUUACGCCUAAUGCCUUUUUGAACCUUAUUCAUAAUACAUGUUUUCAUCGCCAUGGUAUAAUCUUAUAUAUUACCAAACAUUAUCACCAUACUAUACACUACUGAUAUAUGUCUCAAUUUUUUGUCCCAAAAUAUAUCAAUGUGAAUUUUUCAUUUUGAAGAGCAAGAUAAUUUGAUUUUAUAUGAACAAAUUUAAUUUUUGCUUCAAAAUAAAAAGUUCUAACCAAUUAGAUUAAAGAGGAGAAAAAGUAAUGCAUGAACAGUAACCAACCAGGUUAUUGACCUAAACCACUCCCGAACAUGAUGGAGGUCUAAGGUAGGUUGCAUAACCCUUGGUUAUGCAUAUAUUUAAAUCAAACUCUUUAUUUUGAGAAGGGGAAAAUCUAAAGGAUGAAAUUAAAAGCAUUUUUAUUCAUAAUUUUUUAAGCAGCUUGUAUCUUCUUUGGUUUAACUAGACUUUCAAAAAAAAAUUACUCAAUUGAAACGAGAUUAUUGUGAUCUUAAAAUUAUGUUAUUUUUUAUGUAUUUUGAGAUAAAAAUUUCAUACCUCCCAUUAUCCUACGUUACCACCCUAGUACCACUAUUCAUUACCUAAUCUUUGUUUUUAAACAUUUUGCAAAGAAGAAACGGGUUUAUCGUUAUAUAUUUUGAUCUAAAAAUUGAAUAUAUGAUAUUAAAAAUAUACUAACUUUUAUUUAUAACUAUCAACAUUGUAUACCAAAAGAUACCAUUCAUAUAUCAGGAUGGUAUGUGUUGGUAUUUUUUUUUUUUUUUGUCAUGUAUUUUGAUAACAUCAAACUUGGUGUUAUUUACCCUACAUAUUUAGGUGUGUUUUGUGUCAAUUCAUGUGCUUAAAUGCUUGAUCAUCGUCAAAUAUGUUCUAUUGUAUUCCUAUUUGAUUUCGAUGUGAUUAUAGGGUGUAUUAGUCGAUAUAUGCAAAUUAGGCACAGAACAAGGUCACAAGUGUAGAGAAGGGGCAAGCAACUAAAGAUCGUGGCCUAGAAGCCAAAGAUCACGGCCAGGAUCACAAGCUGCGAAGACCAACUAAAGAUCGCGGCCCGGAAGCUAAAGAUUGAGAGCGCGAUCUUGGAGGCUUAGGAUGCAAAGUUCGCAUGGAGGGAGCCUCGGAGAAACAUAGAGUUUCCCUAGUCGCAUCACGACCAACGCUUAUCUUGCCCGUGAGAAAGACCACGGUCGCGACUCACGGAUCGCGACCGUGAAGUCAGUCUGGGAUCAUCCCUUUCCUCAGACCUCGACGACUGCGUUUUGAGAUCACAACCCAAAGACCAAAGAUUCCGCUCGCGAUCUUCUUUCCUCAGGCCGCGAACUUCCCCGUGUCUAGAGUGCCUAUAAAUAGAAGACUCUUUUCCCCAUUUUAAGUGAGCUUAUUUUGAGAUAAAUUUUCAAGCUCUACACAAAGAGAGAAGAGAGAGAAGCCGAAGGAAGGAGAAGAGAAGGAGAAGAAGAAGGAGUUAGGAUGAAUAUGUUUUAGGAUUUACUUUGUAUAUAUAGAUGUUUUAGGAUUUGAAUGAAUGCAUGUGUUUGCCUAGUUGAUUUUAAUGUCACUCUUUCCUAAAUGAUGAUUCUUGGCAACUGGCCCCAAUCUUCCCUCUUAGCCUGCUUUAUGCUGCCGCGUUAGGUAUGAAAUUCUAGGGUUAGACGGGUAUGCGCCAUCUGGCGAGUUUAGGUUAGAUGUGUGAAUGGGGGCCUAUAGUGGUCGAGGCGACCGUACCCCUGCUAUAGGUGGCUUUCCUAGGUGAAACCCGAGAUAAAACCUCGGUGUGGACGGUGCCAUAUACUUAAUUCCCCAGACACAAUAGCCUAGAUCGAGGUGACUGGAACAUGGGUUUAGGGGAGGUGUACUCGGAGGCGUGUGGAUAACGACGAAGGCCCACGAAAAAGAGCUCACUCGCCACAUUCGACGACCCUAGAUAUCUAUAUAUGCAUAGUGACCCUAAGCUAGGGGGAGGAUUAGUCCCCGAAGUACCUGCUUUUAACUUUGAUCAAUCCUUAUACUAGAGUUUCCUCAUAUACUCCACUCAUAACCUAAAAAACCGAUUAACUAAUUAGCAACUUGGUGGGAAGUAGGCUAGGGUACCGAGACUUGGAUAGAAUACGAUCUUGAUUACCACUAUACGGCUACGCCGUUCUAGGUUAAACUUGGCCUAGGAUGGGGUAGUUGUGGUUACGUGCAAACCUCUGACAAAAACAUACAAGGAUUGAAGUGAUCAUAUUUUUAUCCCUAUAAAUUUGUAGAUCCAAUAGAUCAUGAUUAACUUUUUUCUUUCUGUACAAAAUUUUUCAAAAUCGACUUAAAAUUGAAGGCGAGUGGUAUGAAAAAAAAUAUAGAAAUAUAUUGAAAAUGAAUCUCAUUUUGUAGAUCACAAUGAACUCGUUCCAUCUGUGCAAAAAAUUUAAAAUCCAAAUUGGAACGAAGAAAAUAAGAGCUAAUUAAGAAAACUAUGAAAAAUAAAAACAACUUAAUUCUCAAUCCUUAGAUCUGGAUCAUUCUAGACCCACUCAAAAUUAAGAUUAUGAAUUUAAUUUUGUAAGGAUGCAUAACUAAGAGUUAUGCACCUUAUCUUGAGCCGAUUUUACACCCGAUACUUUUCAUUUUCUUCUAAGAUCAAAACCACCUCAAACAACCAAACAAAAAUUAAGAAGGAAAAGAAGGAAAAAAAACUUUGAAAGUUUUGAUCAUAUUUAGAUAAUUGAAAAGCCAUCAAAAUACGUUAGUUAGUUAAAUUGCAAACAAAAUUGCAUAAUAACAAUAAAUAACAAUAGUUUGCGUGUAAUUGUAGGCCUCUCCAUUCGUUCUCCCCCCUCAAAUUUUCUGCCCUUUUGGUCCCUUCUUCCAUCGUUCUCCCCCCUUUUCUCCCUUAGUUGGAUUACCCUUUUCCUUAUUCCUGCGCAGGCUCUUCUCCAUAACCCUUCUCUCUGAUGGUAGACGAUCACCAUCGUCAUCAUAACUCGGAGAGUAUUACUAUUAUUGGUUCCUCGACGACGACGUCCGAUGUUGACGGCAAAAACCCUAAUAACAAGAACUCGACCUCAUCAUCCUCCUCCUCCUCCUCGCCAAGCGAGAAGACCCGCAGGCGUUCUAAAGCGAAGGAUUUUUGGAGGGUUCAUCGCACUUUGAUUGCGAGAUGGUGUCACGCUGCUCGGAAUAUUAAUACCUCUUCUUCGACACCAACUUCUCCGUUUUCGUCGCCAUCGCCGCCGCCCGAGCGGCCGCCGGGGUCUUCGUCGACGUCGCCGUCAUCGUCUUCUUGUUGUUCUGACGGUAAUAAGGCUGGUUUGGGAGAAGGUGAUGAUCAGCCGGCGCCUGGUCUAGCGCCCAGAGUUGAAUCCCAAAGGGCUGAAGAAGAAGAAGAAGCAGCAGCAGUAGAGAAGAACAAUACAAUGAAUGGAAUCCACAGCUUCAGAUACACCGCCACCGCAGCAGAUCCCACCACCACCACAACAACAACUCCCAAAGGCGUAUUCAAGCAAAAAACCAAAGAAGCAGAUUUCCUCCGAACCCUAACAAACCCUCUCUCCAGAAUCGCCAGCAAAAGGAGCCCUUCCCCUUCCUCCAAAAUCGGCAGCCGGCGUAGCGGCUCCCCUCUAUCCUUCGUUCACCGAUGCAUCACCGGCCGGAAACCCACCACCACCACCACUCCUCCUCCCCCUUCCACCGCCGACGUCCACCACGACCGCAGCUCCUCCCCUGCCGCCGCUGCCCCUCCUCCGUCCACGGCGCCAGCCUCGCUGGCGAGCGAUGCCAGCGUGAGAAGUAGUGCGAGUAGUGGUGGUAGCAAUCUUGGUGGGUUCUCGAGGAACCCGAGCCAGAGAAGCGCGACGCCGAUCAUGUUCUCCAACUCCACCGGACGGAAGGUGAAGCCCCCGCCGGUGCAGCAGAACUUGGAAUGCACGCUCGAGGAGCUGUUCUACGGUUGCACUAAGACUGUCAAGGUUACCAGGGACGUCCUCACCGACCGAGGGCAAAUAGUACAGGAAGACGAGACCCUCUCCAUCCAAGUGAAGCCCGGAUGGAGGCGAGGCACCACGAUCACAUUCGAAGGCACCACCACCACCACGGGGACCACCGAGCAGCCGCCGCCGCGGCGUCGUCCCGUCGGAUCCGAGCCCUCCGACGUCACGUUCGUGAUCGUGGAGAAGCGUCACCCUCUGUUCCGGCGGGUGGGCGACGACCUCGAGAUCGCGAUCGGGAUCCCGCUGGUGCAGGCGCUGACGGGGUGCGACAUCUCCAUCCCUCUCCUCGGCGACUCCGGGGAGGUGAUGAAUCUGACGAUCGAUGACGUCAUCUACCCGGGGUACGAAAAGGUCGUCCCGGGGCAAGGGAUGCCGAGGUUCAAAGAGGAAGGGACGACGAGAGGGUUGCUGAGGGUGUUGUUUCUGGUUGAGUUUCCGGUGGAGUUGACGGAGGAGCAGAAGGCGAAGAUUGUUAGCAUUUUAGAGGAGGAGGAGGAGGAGGGUGGUUCUUGUUGAAUUUGGGAGUGAGUAAGAGAUAGUUUCGGGUAAUGUAAUGUGGAUUCGUUUGUUUUGGUGAUGUGUACAUGUAGAGAUUUUUUAGUGAGUAUGGUAAUUCGAAUAUUAUGAAUAAUGGGUACAUGAUUUU